AUGUCGACCAACUUCCGCGACCGCGCCAUCGCCGAGGUGCAGAAGGCGAUCACGGCCGACCACAACAAGGAGUACCAGAAGGCCUUCGACCUCUACAUGUCCUCCAUGGAGCUCUGGGUCAAGGCCCUCAAGUGGGAGAAGAACAAGGCCCUCAAGGCAACCAUGCAGGAGAAGAUGGCCACCUACCUCGACCGCGCGGAGAAGCUCAAGCAGUUCCUCGCCGCCGAGGCGGAGAACACCAAUGACGCGGGGGGCGGCAAGGGGCUCAUGGGCGCCAACGGCGGGGGCGCUGGCAAGGGCAAGGCUUCGGCCGAGGACGAGGACAGCAAGAAGCUGCGUAACGCGUUGGCCGGCGCCAUUCUUCAGGAGAGGCCCAACGUGCGGUGGGAGGACAUUGCCGGUCUCGAAGGUGCCAAGGAGACAUUGAAGGAGGCCGUGGUGCUGCCCAUCAAGUUCCCCAGUCUCUUCCAGGGCAAGCGAAAGGCGUGGAGAGGUAUCCUGCUGUACGGCCCUCCCGGUACCGGUAAGAGUUAUCUGGCCAAGGCCGUUGCGACUGAGGCAAACAGCACAUUCUUCAGCAUCAGCAGUUCGGAUCUGGUCAGCAAAUGGAUGGGUGAAAGUGAAAGGUUGGUCAAAAAUCUAUUCGCAAUGGCACGAGAAAAUAAGCCAUCCGUCAUCUUCAUCGACGAAGUCGACGCUCUUGUUGGACCCAGAGGCGAGGGCGAGUCCGAAGCUUCACGUCGUAUAAAGACCGAGUUCCUCGUACAGAUGGAUGGUGUCGGCCAGGACAGUGAUGGUAUCCUUGUUCUAGGUGCGACCAAUAUCCCCUGGCAACUCGACUCAGCGAUCCGUCGACGAUUCCAAAGACUGGUCCACAUUGGUCUGCCAGACGCCAAUGGCCGAGCGAGGAUGUUCAAACUUGCCAUUGGAGACACUGUGACGGCAUUACAGCCCAGUGAUUUCAAUAUUCUCGCAAGCAAGUCCGAGGGCUACUCUGGAAGCGACAUCACUAACCUGGUGCAACGUGCGCUUAUGCGCCCAGUGCGCAAGGUUUUGCAGGCAACACACUUCAAACCGGUGAUGAAGGAUGGCAAGCGGAUGUUGACCCCAUGCUCGCCUGGUGACCCGGAAAAGAUCGAGAUGACCUACGACGACGUCAAGAGCGACGAACUGCUAGCGCCUGACGUUGCGCUGCAGGACUUCGAGGUGGCACUGGAGGAUUCGCACCCGACCGUGGGUAAGGAAGACAUUGCGAAACAGGUAGAAUGGACGAAUAAUUUUGGAAGCGACGGCGCAUGA